AUGUCUUAUGGUCAUGAGAUUAUUGCAACUGAGGCUGAGCUAUUGGAUCAACGUCGGACAGUGUAUCGCGUUAAACUCAAACCGGACUCCUACCGGCAUAUCAUUCCAGAAACAGCCACAUCGGUUAUCGUCAAACAACAGAAAGAUGGAUGGGAAGAAGAGUUUGAGGAUGAGGAAACAGCCUACAACAAAUUAAAAGUACUUCAAGGAAAAGUGAUUCCAUACUUUUAUGGUCGGGGUGAUUUUGAUGGACUACCUGCACUCAUAUUAUCAGAUAUUGAUGGGAUUCCCCUGGAUGACUUAGCUCUCAGCAACUAUGACAUUUCAGAGAGUUCGUUGAAAGCUUAUCUGGAGGAAGUCUUGAGUCAGUUUUUAAAGCAUGGAGCUUUGUAUCGGGAUCAGAAGCUCAAUAACUUUUUGUUCUGUGACAGCACAGACUGUGGGUCUGGUAAAGUAAUGGCUGUUGAUCUUGAACAGGUUGAGUUCCCUGAUCGAUUUCGUCCUUGGCAUUAUUCUGUCAGCCAGCAGGGAGCGAGAUCUUUGAUGGAAGAUUUUAGAUAUAAGCGAAGCCCUGGGCGCGAAUCAUCUCCACUUGAAUUAUGCAUGUCUGGACAUGAUGAGAGUGGUCCACUCGCCGAGUUAGAUGAUUUUUCGCUCGUUAUUUAUCCAGGAAGUAUUGGGAAGCCUGUCUCUACUCAACCUUGA